CGCAGACCUUUGAAAAGAUUUCAAUGUCAAACUGCAAGUAUGGAGGAACCUUCGAAAUUUGAGCGAUACGUGUACAAAAAUGCUUCAGUUUACCAUUAUAUGAAGAUAUCUCUAGUUUUGGAAAAUGGAAACAAAUAUAUUACUGAUGCACAGUUCAAACAAUUGAUCAUCUGUGGACUUAAAGACCUGUACGGAGAGGUUGGAGCUUCUUUUCCAUUUGAUUUGCUUAAGUUUGAUCAGAACAAACUGACCGGGAUACUGAGAGUGUACAACAGCGGGCUGGUGAAAUUGUGGAGUGCAUUAACGUUACUGGGAACAUAUCAGAAUGAGGCUUGUGCAUUCAGAGUCAUGCAGGUGUCGCCGUUUUUACUAGCAUUGUCCGGGAAUAGCCGUGAGCUGCAGUUUGGAGACCAGUUGACAUUGUGAGUAGGGCACAGGUCGCUUUACGUGGGUGAACGGGCCUCGCUAAACAAAACAUUCAGUGCCAGAGAUGUCGC